AUCCGCCCCCGUCUCGUCCUCCGCUCGUCUUCUGCCUCCUCACUCUUUCCCCGAUUCCUCAAAGUCGUCCUCCUCCUUCUCCUCCUGUUGCCCCCGAUUCGCAGCCCGAUCGCGAACCCUAGACCCCCGCACCCGCCCCCGCUCCCCCUCCGUCCAGGAAGUAGAGGCUUCAGGAGCUCUUGAAUUUGGGAUGGCUUCGAAGCGGAUUAACAAGGAGUUGAAGGACCUGCAGAAGGACCCUCCUGUUUCUUGCAGUGCUGGUCCUGUUGCUGAUGAUAUGUUCCAUUGGCAAGCAACGAUUAUGGGCCCUACAGACAGCCCAUUUGCUGGGGGUGUGUUCCUUGUGUCCAUUCACUUCCCACCCGAUUAUCCAUUCAAGCCUCCCAAGGUUUCCUUUAGGACAAAAGUUUUCCACCCCAAUAUUAACAGCAAUGGUAGCAUUUGUCUCGAUAUUCUCAAGGAGCAAUGGAGCCCUGCCCUUACAAUAUCAAAGGUUCUUCUUUCAAUAUGCUCUCUCCUGACUGAUCCGAACCCAGAUGAUCCUCUGGUUCCAGAGAUCGCACACAUGUACAAGACGGACAGGGCAAAGUAUGAGAGCACUGCUCGAUCCUGGACUCAGAAGUAUGCGAUGGGAUAGGGCUCUCUUUGGUUAUGAUAGGCUCUCUUUGGUUAUGAUAUAUUGAUAUGCAUUAUCUUGCCGGCUGUUAGUAAUUUUAAUAAAUAAAUAGAAACCAGUGCGUCCGCAAUUAAGAAACUUUUUAGUUUGGUUGGUUUCAUAUUGUCCCUUUGGGGUAGAAAAAAGUAUAUGUGGAUUCCUUGGAACUAAGGUGCUAUCGAGUCCGUGUCUUUAUAUAAGUAUAUUUAGUCGGGGUGUUUUACCUUCUAGCUUUGAUUGUCUUGCUUAUGGAUGUGAAUGGUUACGAUGUGUCUCCCUCUUAAUCUGCAAAAUACAAGUGAUGAGUUAUUACAA